GCUAAUGAUUUUCAAUUUUCCCUUUCUGAAAAAAAAAAAAAACAUUAGAAAAGCUCACAACUCACCAGUCACGAAUCACGAUUACACAUUCACUCCGUGCGGCUCCGGCGGAACCAUCUUCAUCCUGCAACUUUGAGGUAGUGUCAGAACUCGUCAAAACUAUAGUUAUGGAAUGGUUUUGGUAAUUCAUUGAAUUAUUAUCUUACCGGAAGAGCCUUUUCUGAAAACCUCAAACUUACGCUCGCAAAGGGAACACAUGUUUGGCGGUAGAUGUAGUUGGAUCCGUCAUUCAACACGUUUCUUUAAUUUUCAGCAUAAAACAAUAAGAGUUUGCAAUUCCACCACUCAGAACAAUAACAAUUCUCAGCAUACAAGAAGAUUUAGCAGCAAUGACAACAUGAAUGGCAGGGCUACUAAUUUAAGAGAUAUGGAGGGUUACCGUGACUUGGACAACCUUAAUUUUAUGAAGGCUGCUAAGAUCCUUUUCUCUGCUCCUGCUAAGAAGAAGACAUUUGGGCUCGAUUUCCAUCUGGUGCAGCUCUUUUUUGCCCUCAUGCCAUCGUUGGCUGUUUAUCUCGUUGCUCAAUAUGCCCGCUAUGAUAUAAAAAAAAUGGAGGCGGAGGUGGAGCUGAAAAAGAAAGCAGACGAAAAACAGAAGGCAAAAGAAAUGGAAGCAGCUGCUUUGUUGGAAAAAGAAGCAGAGUCUACAAAUCCAGAGCUGUUAAAGGUCAAAGAGAGGUUGGAAGCACUCGAGGAGACUUUGAAGGAUAUUGUGGUAGAAACAAAGAAGCGACCAAUUGAGGAUAAGAGAAAAGAUGUUGCAGAUCAACAUCAACAUCAAGAGAGAGAAGAUGCUAAUAGCAAGUCAGGUGAUAACAAUAUCCCUGUGAAAAACCCAACCAUUCCAGGAGGCAACAUCAGUACAGACACAGAAGCAAAGGGAUAGUGAAAACUGAAAAGAGAAAGUAUCAAGAAGAUGGAAUAUAGUGAGUUUUUUGCUGUAAGUUUUCUAUUUUUGAACACCCUCCUCCUCCUCCCUAUUUAUCGUGCUCAGGUUUUGUCAACCCCUCCAUUCUACAAUGUACAUAGCAGUUACUAUCAUCGGUGCUUUUGUUCCUCAUAUUACCAGCUUCUGAAGAAAUUUUGUUUGUUUAUUUGAAACUAAUUAAAAUC